CUCAGAUUUUACUGACAUCUACAAGUCAAUAUGAAGACCGUGUUAUUCUUCUUUGUGUUCUAUGUUGUCAUGAACGGUGUGUUUGGUGAGUCAGUGUCAGUGAAGGAAGGAGAUUCGGUCACUUUACACGCUGAUCUUCUUGAAAUACAGAGAGAUGAUGUGUUGGAGUGGAGGUUUGGAGCUGAAGGCUUCCUCAUAGCUCGAAUCAACAGAGGAGCCAAUACGAGCUCUAUAUAUGAUGAUGUUCUUGAUGGGAGAUUCAGAGACAGACUGAAACUGGACAAACAAACUGGAUAUCUCACCAUCACAAACACCAGAACUGAACAUGCUGGAGUUUAUGAAGUUGAAGUAACCAGCACCAGAAACAAGACAUUCAAUGUCACUGUUCUGCCUGUAGAUGCAGUGAAGUCGGUGUCAGUGCUGCUGGGAGAUUCAGUCACUCUAAACACUGAUCUUACUGAAAUACAGAGAGGUGAUGUGAUACAGUGGAGGUUUGAACAUCUAAACUCUCCUAUAGCUGAAAUCAAUAGAAAGGAUAGAAAAAUCUCUAAACAUGAUGGUCCUGAUGGGAGAUUCAGACACAGACUGCAGCUGGACUAUUGGACUGGAUCUCUGACCAUCAGGAACAUCAGAACUGAACACUCUGGAGAUUAUGAAGUUGACAUCAUCAGCAGCAAUCACACCAUACACAAGUUAUUCAAUGUGACUGUCAGUGGUGAAGUGAAGUCAGUGUCAGUGAUGAAGGGAGAGUCGGUCACUCUACUCACUGGUCUUACUGAAAUACAGAGAGAUGAUUUCAUAACGUGGAUGUUUGGAGACAUCAUCCUAGCUGAAAUCUAUAAAAACCAGUCCUCACUGGCCCAACUAUUCUAUGAAUAUGAUGGUGCUGAUGAAAGAUUCAGAGAUGGACUGGUGCUUAAUAACCAGAAUGGAUCUCUCACUAUAACACAAUGCAGAACCUCAAACUCUGGACUCUAUGAACUGAAGAUCAACAGACAUGCCAUAUACCGGAGAUUCACUCUUACUGUCAGUGCUCUGUCUUCAGGAGAAAAAGCGGAGAUCGUUGUUGGUGUCCUGCUGGUGUGUGCAGCUGUAGUUGCUGUUGUGAUUUACCACCGCUGCAAGAACUCUAAACUAAAACAUGAAGAGAAGUCAGUGAUGGAGGGAGAUCCAGUCACUCUAAAGACUGAUGCUGAACUACAAAGAGAUGAUCAGAUCCUGUUGAUAUUUGGAGAUGAAAACUCUCAUAUAGCUGAAAUCAAAAGAGAAGAUAUCUUUGUUCUUGAUGAGAGAUUCAGAGACAGACUGGAGCUGGAUCAUCAGACUGGGUCUCUGAUCAUCACAAACACCAGAACCACAGACUCUGGAGAAUAUACACUACAGAUCAGCAGUGGAAAAAACACAUUCAAGAGAUUCCAUGUUUCUGUCUUUGGUGAGUAA